AUGGAGUCGAAAACCGUCGAUAGAGAUGCCGUACUUAAUUCACUUGCCCUUAACAACUCAACAUCAGAUGGACAACCACGAAAACGGAAAAGACUGGAUAACUUAACGGCGGAAGAAAGAGCUCUUCGAAGGUUAGCGCGUCGAUCGAAUGUUCUUGUUGAUCAAUUUCUUGAUUCGAUUCCCUCCGAUGGUCUUUUACCAGAAGCAUACUCCUUGUGGCUGUCUCUUUCAUUCCUUCGGUUUAAUGAAUUCGUUCUUAUUUUGCUUAGAAAAUUAAAGAAUCGCGUGGCAGCACAAACUGCACGAGACAGAAAGAAAGCUCGGAUGACGGAACUCGAAGAGAUGGUGGCACAGUUGGAGAAGGAGGUAUUAAAGCUUAAACUUUCUUUAAAACUACGAAGGUCACAUUUGUUGCAUCAUUUAGUUUUGUCAUGCUUUAUUUUGUUCAAAGGAAAAAAACUAAGGCCAUCGUUAAACGAUAUCGAUAAAAAAAUAUCGGUUAUUUAAAGACAUGUAUUUGGUUGUCUUUGAAUGCUCAGCUUCUUUGCAUUGGCGUCAGUAGUAAAGUGAUAUUGAUCAUUUUUUCGUUAUUUUUUUUCAGUUUCCUUCCUGAAUCGUACGAGUAAGAUCACUUAGAGUGCUUCAAUAUUGAAUGUCAUCUGAAGAUAACAAAGUCGAUAAUAUAUAUGACAUAAAAUGGUUUUAAUAUUUUUCCUUUGUGUGGUCAUUAACGAGUACCCGGACUUGGUGGGUAUCGAAUGUUGGUCGAUAUUGAAGACAUGAAUGAAUUUAGUAUGGAAAUUGUCUUCAAUUAUUAUUUACAAAUAUAAGCUCACAUCCUAGACUUCACAAAGGUCUUUUGUAAAAUUUCAAGGGGGUAAUACUACUUUAAAGUAUUAAUUUGUAUCCUAAACCUUCUUUGCAUUACUUUUUUUUCAGAAUAAAGCUCUUCGCUUAAGCAAUGUAAGCUUAAGGAAACACUCUGAGGCAGUAGAAAUAGAGAAUUCAGAGUUGAGAGUUCGUCUUGGGCUCACACCCCCUGUUUCUCCUGAACCGGUCAACCACACGUACCCACAAAGCCCAGAACCCACACCCUCUAAACCAAGUUCAGUUGUGAUCAAGAAAGAAACAGAAUGUAAUGAGUAUGCAUCGCUCACAGUUUCUCAGCAGCAGGAACGCCUGAUUCUGUUUCUCUCUCUGAUCACGACAUGGAUGAUGAUCAACAACAGGUAUGUAACUUCCGUGCUGGAUUUUCUAUAUGUUAUGGAUUAUUUUUAGAACAGCUUGUACGUGUUGUUGGUAAAUUUUUGGAUUACCUAGACUGCUAGAGGCAAAAGUCAAAUCUCUUGUGUUUAAUCACCACUUAUUUUAAGCCACUACAUAUCUACAGUUUUCCCAGUAGUUAAAACCACUUGCAUGUAACCAAAUCUUGGCACUCAGGGUGGCAUGGUAAUCCAUGCGAGGUUUAGUUGUUGUAAAAUCUAAUUUUAUUUUAUUGUGCAAAAAGUAUUUAAAACAUAGAAAACUGAAGUUUAAGUUAAGUGCUGUCUAUCUUUGAAUCUUCUGCUAAAACAUAGGUAAAGCUAUAGAGACAGGUUUUACAGAGGAUAACUUGCUCAGUGUGAAGUGAUUGCUGAUGCGCAGUUGGUAUCCAGGAUACAUAUCUGAUAUUGUGGAAUUCGUUGUUUCAUAAUAGUAUUCUUUAAGCCCCCACACAGUGGUUGAAUUUGCAUCAGAACUUGCAGCUGUUACAAUAUUUAAGUUCAGGCUCUUUCUGCAUAAAAUAAUUAAUGUUAUUAAUGCCUCAUACAUUGUCAAUGUAUUUUGAGAUUUUUAUUGUCUUAAGUGAAUCUAUAACAAUAUUUAAGCCCAAAAUUUGGUCCUAGACUGAUUUAUGGUGAGAUGAUUUUUCAGAUUAACUUUUGUGUCUGUGGACAAAAUAUGGAUGUUGCCUGUUAAAUUAAAUCUCUCUGGUAGAACCUCUGUGUAGUGCUAUUCCUUGGGAUUUUUAGAUAAAGAAAUUUUUUUGUAUUUAUUUUAUUCAUAAGCACCUAUUAGGAGUGAAAGCAUUACUUGCAAUGUUUAUUAUUACUUUUCAGUUUGACAUGGGUAUUGGCUUUUUUGAAAUUGAUGAAGCAGGAGAAUCUCUGCUUCAGCCCAAACAAGAGGGCAGGUCCUGUUCAACCAGUUGCCAAUAUGGUGACACCUCAGCCACAGAAGAGCAAGUCCACCACACAGAUGAUGAGUCAGUCCCACAAUCCAGCAGUGACUUAA